CCGGGGAAAAAGAGCUAGGAAAGAGCUGCAAAGCGGUGUGGGUUUUUUCCUUUUUUUUUUUUUUUUUCUUUUCUUUUUUUCCUCCUUUUCAUCACCCCCUCCUCCGUUUGCACCCUGCUUCGGGCUUCACGCAGAACCUGCGAAUUUCGAAGAGGUGCUGGCAGAGUGGGAGAAAAGAGGUGUUAGGGGCUUGGAUUUGGUCUUUUUUUUUUUUUUUUUUUUCCUCUAUUUCAACAUUUUCCCCCCACCCUCGCGGCUGCAGCCGCCGCCUUUUACCUGUUCCGGGGCAGCCGCGCGCCGCUGGCAGCUGAGGGUUAGAAAGGAGCCGGGUGUACUUUGAGAUUUUAAACAAAAAUUUUGAAGACGAAUCUAUUUUUCUCCCCCCGCACCCCUUCCUCCACAGCCUCCGAUCUUAUUAUUCCGGUGGUGAUUUGGGGGUGAAUAAUUUUUGGCCCCCGCCCCGCAAUUCUGACCAGGUCAGGCUUGGGGAGGGGUUGUUUCUCCCGCCCCCGAUCCCUCUGCGUGCACCUGGCGCUGCUCUUUUUUCCCCUACCUGUUGCAAGUCCGUAAUCUUUGCAGCUGAGACUUGCUUUCAGGCACCCGAGCCCUCCAUCGCUCCCUACAUUUUGCUGUUGUCUGGGGGAGGCCACCUGCUCUACCAGCCAGAAAUUUUAAAAAGAAAAACCAAUUCUCCGCGCGCCCUCUUGGCCCCCUUCUCCCUUCAUUCUCGCGCUCCUGCCCCGCCCCAGGUAAAGGGGGAGACUCGGAGAAGAUGGUGCUCACCGCGGUCCUCCUGCUUCUGGCCGCCUGUGCGGGACCGGCCCAGGCCCUAGGCUCCUUCGUGCACUGUGAGCCCUGCGACGAGAAAGCCCUCUCCAUGUGCCCCCCCAGCCCCCUGGGCUGUGAGCUGGUCAAGGAGCCGGGCUGCGGCUGCUGCAUGACCUGCGCCCUGGCCGAGGGGCAGUCGUGCGGCGUCUAUACUGAGCGCUGCGCCCAGGGGCUGCGCUGCCUCCCCCGGCAGGACGAGGAGAAGCCGCUGCAUGCCCUGCUGCACGGCCGCGGGGUUUGCCUCAACGAAAAGAGCUACCGCGAGCAAGCCAAGAUCGAAAGAGACUCCCGAGAGCACGAGGAACCGACCACCUCCGAGAUGGCGGAGGAGACCUACUCACCCAAGAUUUUCCGACCCAAGCACACCCGUAUCUCCGAGCUGAAGGCCGAGGCCGUGAAGAAGGACCGCAGAAAGAAGCUGACCCAGUCCAAGUUCGUGGGGGGAGCUGAGAACACCGCCCACCCCCGGGUCAUCUCUGCACCUGAGAUGAGACAGGAGUCUGAGCAGGGUCCCUGCCGCAGGCACAUGGAGGCCUCCCUUCAGGAGCUCAAAGCCAGCCCGCGCAUGGUGCCCCGCGCCGUGUACCUGCCCAACUGUGACCGCAAAGGAUUCUACAAGAGAAAGCAGUGCAAGCCUUCCCGUGGCCGCAAACGUGGCAUCUGCUGGUGCGUGGACAAGUACGGGAUGAAGCUGCCAGGCAUGGAGUAUGUGGAUGGGGACUUUCAGUGCCACACCUUCGACAGCAGCAAUGUUGAGUGACGCGUCCCCUCCCCAUCUUCCCCUCACCCCAUCCCACCCCCCAGCCCCGACUCCAGCCAGUGCCUCCCUCCACCCCAGGACGCCACUCAUUUCAUCUCAUUUAAGGGAAGAAAAUACAUAUAUCUAUCUAUUUGAAGAAACUGAGGACCUCGGAAUCUCUGGCAAGGUCUCAACUUUGAAAACGGCAACAACGGAGAUGAACAAAGCUAAGGAGACACGCCCCCCUUUAAAAAAGUUUUUCUUUUUGAGGCAAGUUGAAUGAACAGGGAGGGCAAGAGAGGAAGAACAAGAGAAAGAAAAGGGAGGGAAGCAGAUGUGUGUGAGAGAAGGGAGGAUGAGUAGUCAUGAGAAGGAAAAGCAGAGCGUGGGCCGGAAGCAGCCACCUUUAUGUCCAGCCCUGGCCCGAGGUGGGGAGCCUUUUGGGCAGGAGCAGGUACAGCCCCAGGUGUGGCCUUUGAUGACACACUUGGAAUUUGCCCAGUUUGGAUGGAUCACAGGGGGAGAAAGGAAAAGACAACAGGCGUCAGUGCCUCUCCUGGAUCAAUCUCCCCCUGCAGCCAGUAGCUUGCACGGCUCGACACUGUGUUCUCUCUCCCUCAAAUUUACAAAACCUAAAAUGCAUUCCAUUCCUCUCAACACAAAGCAAAUUCAUAACUGAGUGAUAUUAGAUAGGUAGGUGUUCCUAAGUGGAUCCAUGAAUAUGAAGUAUGUGUGCAUAUUUCACUCCCCCUGCAGACUUUGAGAAAUCAAUCCACACCCCGAUAGUGGGAAGAUGGGUUCUUCCAGGGCGGCUAAAACUCUGCGCUGAAUGAAGCCUGUAGUUUCAGCCCUUCAUUGCAUCCAAUUCGCAGCUAGCACAGCCUUUGUGGGGGAGGCUAGGCUGGAAAAACAAAAAGUGGGCUUGUAUUUAUCUACAAGGCUCCAUAUAGUAUUAUAUAGGCAUAUAAAUCUAUUUUCUUGAUUUUUUUCUUCCUUCCUUCCUUUCUGUCAAAGGUUUGCAUUAACUUUUCCAAGUAGUUCCUCUGGGGGCAUUGAAGAGCGUCCUUAUUCUGGGAAAACCAAGAAAACCCAUCUUCUUGUAAUACUACCCAUAAUGCCUGCCUCCCAUGAGCAGCGGCAAACUCAACCCUUUGUGGGACACAGUGUUGGAUUUUUUUCGUGAUUUCCCGUGUGUGUGUGUUCAUGUACCACCAAGCCAGGUGGAUGAGCACACCCAGCGGUGCACCCACCAAGCUCCCCAGGACAUCCCAUUCACCUUUAGACCCUUGGGAAGUCACUGUCUCUGAACUCCCACACUCAGUCCACAGCAGGUCCAAGUUUGACCCCCUGGUCCUGCCCAGCCUUUUUGUUUCAUCUGGACAGAGCCUGCCUUUGGAAAGCCUCUUUCAGCCUUCAUACUGGCAGAGCAGGAGAGAGACUGAAACGAGAGACGGCCAAGAGGGAGAUGGAGGUGAAAGGUUUAAAUAUGGGGAAACAAUAAAAAUGAUUGUUCAGGCCAGAGUAGAUGAAGUGAGGGGCAGAGAGCUGGAGAGAUAGGGGGCUGACUGUCCCGUUCUAGCUUUGGAGCGAAGCAACAGAAAAGGGAACAAAGCCAAGAGACACUUCCCUGGGUCCCCACCUGAUAAUCCCUCUGGAAUUUAAGGGGAAGGAGAGAGGAAGAUGGGGGAACAGGUUGUAAGAGAGAAAUGUGCUUAAUCCAGGCCUUGGAGCCGGGAAAGGUGGGUAACUUUCAAUGGGUUCUAGACUGUGGCGGCUGGACAGGAACAAGGAUCGGUAGAGACCAGCCGUAGUUUGGAAGGGACAAGCCUAUGUGCUCACCUGCCCACCUUCACCCUGCAAUAAGGGACUGAGGCCAGAGAGGGUUUCAAUCUCUUCAUCCACUCUGGCCAGUUCUGGUUUCCAUCCUGGGGUGGAGGAUGGCAGAAAGGCCCAGGACACGUGGGGAAUGUGUGUUUUGGGGGUGCUGUCAUUUGUCAGCCAGAUUCUGAACCAAGAAAAAUCCCAUCCUCCAUGGACUCCCCCCAACAAAUGGGCAGCCCCGGGGCUGCCCUCUGAGGAUGGAGAUCACCUGCCAGGAGAAGGGUCUUGGACACGGCAAAGGAGACCCUUUCUCGCUGUGAACGCAGCUUUCUCCACUCUUUCCUGAUGACAUGACGCCGUGGAGACCACACCAGCAUCUAACUUGGGGACGGUGAAGAGGGACAGCUAAGGAGCAAAAACAUUUCAGCUAGUGGAAAGCCUGCAGCUCUGGAACUUGGGGGGAUGUCUCCUGCUCCCCCGGCCAGGACGGUUGGCUGGGAUGGAAGAGGCAGUCGAUCUUCGCAGGACAAAGGGCCUGAUGGGGAUGGCAGCCGUGAGGAUUCUUUGACCUGCUGUGUCACCGUGCCCCAUCUCUCUGCGCAACUGUCCCCAAACCCCCGACUCACAUUUCAAUGUCUUAGGCCAGUAUCAUUAGCCUUUCCCACUUCACUGUUCUUUCUGCCCAUUCUUUCUUUGGAUCAGUCGUCUACCUGGGAUCUGCCGAGUGGAUACUGGGGGGUCAUUCCCCUUAAGAAAAGACUGAACCAGGGAUUUGCAGACCUCUCCCCACCCCCCAAGGCCUGGACCUGGUUCCUGGUUACUGAGAGGGGCUGUCUUUUCCUCCCGCCGUUUACUGGACUUUGAAGGGGCCUGUGCUCCUUCCAUGGGCUCUUUGCCGUCAGCCGUAAGGUGGGGGAUUGGGACCUGCCUUAAUGCCACUCAUCUCUUCAGGCCUCCAAAGCUCACGCUGACUAACCCAAACCUGUGAGUCUCUCUCUAGUGCUUGCAGGGAGGACGGGGCAGGGGGAGCAUUCUGGUCAGCUGGCCACUCCCUAGAGGGUGCUGGACCUUCAGAUAGAGGGAGGUCUGGCCUGAGCCCAGGGUGGGAGCCCAUGGGGAGGGAGACAUGGAGGAAGGUGAGCCCUCCCCUGGGCGAGGUGGUGGGAAAGCAGGUGUGGUGAACUGCCAGCUGUGAAGUCCCGGAGCAGGGACCUUCUUGACCCCAGGCUGCCUGUUGGCCACUGUCUGCUCACCCAGAGGCCUUAGGCUCUGGGUUUUCUAUGGCCUCAAGUCUAAAUGUUGGCCCACUGCGCCAACAGGAGGUCUCUCCCCAUCCCCCUUUGACUCAUGCCUCGCUCUGGCAGUGAAGACCUGUGUCCCCCUCUGCUGCCAGGUCACUUAGGGAGGCCUAGCCAGGACUGAUUCCCCCUGCCCCUAGAGCUGCCCCACGCACCCGGGCAAAGCAGGGCAUCUGGGACAGAAGAGACUCGAAAGUUUCUCAGACAGCCAGGCCUGGACAGACAGGCCUGGAGACAUUUAGUCCCCACGCGGGGGGAGGAUGGGAGGCCCUGUGUGGUCCCACUCCUUGUCCCCUCGCCCAUUUUCCCAUCACCACCUCUGUGGUCUCCAUGGUAACCCAGCAGGGCCAACGUCCUCUGGGGAGGCAGGCCUGGACCACCACUCUCUCACUGCCCAGCUCGUCAGCAGCCACAGGGCUACCAAGCAACUGCUAAGCCCCCCUCCAACUGGGGCAGUGCCCCCCCUCCAUCCGCUCAGCCCCCAAGAGGGCUCCAGCUCAGAUGGGAAUUGCAGAGAGGAGUGGGCCAAGGAGAAGCAACCCUCUCCUCUCGGAGAGGACAGAUUUGGCUUCCAAGAGAAAGGAGGCUCUAUUUUGAGAGGUAGUGGGCCAAGGGAA